AUGUCUAGAAAUGAUAAAUUUAAUUAUAUAGAGGAAAAGAAAUUGAACUCUCAAGAUUUUUCCUCAAAUACGAAUUACAAGGAUAUUGAAAAAAUUGACGAAAAGAAUAUAAUAAUGGGGGAUUAUAAUAAUACGGAUGUAUUAAAAGAAAUGACAAGUGAGGAAUUUAAAAAUAUUUUAAAUGAUGAUGCAUAUUAUAAGAAGUUGUUUGAAUCUGAGGGGAAAUAUGAUUCGUUUAAUAAUGAUAAGGACGGGUUAUUAAAUUUUGAGAUAGAUAACCUUAACGAUAAUAAGAAUAAUGAUAAUAUUGGAAGUAAUAAGAACAACGAAAUGAAAAAAAUAAAAAUAAAAAAUAAUGAAAAUAAUAAUAAUAAUAAUAAUAAUAAAAAUUAUUAUUAUUAUGAUGAUGAAUUGGAUGUUGAUGCAGAUGGGGAGAUAAAUAAAAAUAACGCAGAAAAUAUUAAUAAAAAAGAGAAAUUGCCCAGAUUUUCAAAUUUAAGUUUAUUAAAUGAUGACUUUUUUUUGAAAAGUCAAAAUUUGGAUAUGAACAAACAAAAUGAAGAUUUAAAAAAUAAAAGAGAUAGCUUGUUAUCAUUAAAGAAUUUGAGAAAUUCUUCGAUUUUUAAUUUAAGUCUUACUGAUGAAAAUUUAAAACGUUCUUAUCAAAAAUAUGAAUUAUAUUCAAAUGAUAAAUUAAAUAUGUCUCUUUCGCAGACGGAUCAAAUAUAUGAUAGUGAUUUGUUAACCCCUUCUCCUUCGAAAAAAGAUAGUGUGAAAAAAAAUCCAAGAAAUGAUGAAAUGCAUAAUAUUAUAGAAAAUAAGUAUAAUAAUGAUAAUAUAUAUAAGGACAAUAUUUAUAAUAGUAACCAUAAUCAGAAAGAAGGUAACUCGUAUAAAAUACACAUAAAAUCAGAUGAUCCUGAUAAUGUACUAGAUUUAAAUAGUUAUAAUAAAAAAAAUGAAGAUAGAAAAAAUAAAAACAUUGAAGAAAAUAUUGAGGUUGUGAAUAAUAAUAAUAAAAAAUUAUCUAUCGAUUUAUUAGAUGAAGAAUUAGAUAAUUUAAAAAAGAAAUAUUUAUUAGAUGAUAGUAUAAAUUAUAAUGAUAAGAAUAAUGAUUAUCUAGAUGAAUAUGCUAGUGACUCCGAAUUUUUAAAAAGAAGUUCUUUAGAAAAUAAAAUGAACCUGGAUUUAAAUUAUGGAAAUGACGAUUCUUUAAAUAAUAGUAGACGUAUAUCUAAUAAUAGUUUUUCAUAUUGGGAGAAUAAAAUUAAUUCAACACGAAAAAUUAAAAUUAAUAAUGAAACCCCAAAAAAAGGAAUAUUAAAAAUAAGUAACUCUGUAUCUCCUUUAAAAGAUAUGAAUGAUAUUAUGAGUGCAAGGAAAAAAUCAGUUCAAUUUUCUCAUAGAUCAAUAGCUGUUUUUGAUGAUAAGGAAAAGAUAUCCCCAUUACAUCUAACACAAUUUACUAAAAUAUCUAGUGAUUCUAAUAACUCCGAAUUCAAAAAGAAAAGUGUUUCCAUUGAUUCAUGUAUCGACAAAAAGGAUAAUGAUAAAAUAGUUGGAGAUAAUUUUUUGGAAGAUCUUGAUAAAUCGCCCAUUGAUAAAUUAUUAUAUAAAUCUAACAACAGAAUCAAUAAUAAUAAUAAUAAUGAUAAUAUUAUGAACAGGUCAUCAGCACAAUCUAUUAGAUUCAAAGCAAAAAUUUCUGUAGACCAUAUUGAAUCAGCUCGCUUAUCUCCAAUUAAAAAUGACUUAAGUUUUAAUAACAACCCUUUUAAUUUAUCUUUUAAUAGUAGUAGGGAAUACGAUUAUAUGAACCUACAUAAUAAUAUGUUAAGUGAAGAAAUGCAAAGUGAUAACCAUAACGAUGAUUAUAUUAUCAAAGAUAAUAUAAAUUUGCUUGAUCGUCAAAAUAGGAACACUAUGGAUCUUGCCAUUCUUUCCAAGGUGGGUGCAGAGAGUGGUCCGACUAUUGAGAGAUUGAAAAAAGCAGACAAAGGAGAAGCACAGGUGGAUAGAAAAAAUAUUGUAAAUGAAGAAAAUAAAAGUGGUGAUAGUAAUGAGCAGGACAUUAACAAUGAUGAAAUUGUUAAUGAUGAAAUUGUUAAUGAUGAAAUUGUUGAUGAUGAAAUUGUUAAUGAUGAAAUUGUUGAUGAUGAAAUUGUUGAUGAUAAAAUUGUUAAUGAUGAAAUUGUUGAUGAUAAAAUUGUUAAUGAUAAAAUUGUUAAUGAUAAAAUUGUUAAUAAUAAAAUUGUUAAUGAUAAAAUUGUUAAUGAUAAAAUUGUUAAUGACAAAAUUGUUAAUGAUGAAAGUAAUAAAUUUUAUCGUAACAAACCUUCCAGUAAUAUAAUUAAUAAUGAUGAUGAUAAAAAAAAAAAAAUGGUACCUAGCAAAGAGGACAUUUUUGAAAAGAAAUGGGAAGAAAAGAAAACAUUCGAAGAUAAAAACAAAAUGAACAGGAAAACCAUAAACUUUAUAGAAAAUAAUAAUAAGAAUAAUUUAAAUAUAGAAGAAAAGAAAAAAAACGUGAUCGUUAAUAGACGUGCAAGUUACAGUGCUUCUAUAAGGAAUAAUAUAAAAACAAAAAAAAAAUGGAAUGAAGAGGAUGUAUCAAAAUAUGAAAAAGACAUGAAUUUUAAGACACAAAGAAAUUUAAAAAAUAGAUCAAGUGUGCAAACAACAAUGAAAAAAUAUGAUGAAAAAAAUGUAUGUGCAUUAAAGAAUGUAACAGUAGAAAAUAAAGAAUUAAAUGAAAAUGAAAAUGAAAAUGAUAAUAUAUACCAAAAUGUAACAAAUGACAAAGAAAAUAACAAUUUAAAUAAUAUUAAUAAUAAAUAUUGUGUUGAAGAUAUAACACUUUAUGAAGUACAAAAAGAAAAAUCAAAAAAAGAUGUACAUCAUAAUAAAGAAGAUGAUAAUACAGAUAAAAGAGAAAUAUAUAACAAAAUGGAUCAUGAUCAAUAUGUUAUAACACCAUAUGAAAAAAAGAAUAUUCAACAAAAUGAAAAAGAAAAAAAUGUUUUGUUAUAUAAUACAAAUUGUGAAGAACAAAAGGAUCAAAAUCAUAAUUAUGAUCAUACUUUUAAACAUAGAAGGAAAACUCUUGUAGAUACAAAUCAUGAAUAUCUAAAUAAAGCAGAAUAUAAAGAAUAUAUGCACAAUAAGGAAAAUUAUUCUGAAAAGGGUGGAAGGUUUGUUGAUAAUGAUGAUAAAUUUAAUGAGAAUGAAGAAGAAAAUGAAAUGCAUAAUGAAAUUAAUCAUUUGGAAGAAGAAAAUAAAUAUAAUGUUUUUUAUGGUGAGAAACAUGAAGAUAAUAUGAACGAAGGACAAGAGGAGGAAGGAAAAUAUGAUGAGGAGGGCAAAUAUGAUGAAGAGGGCAAAUAUGAUGAGGAGGGCAAAUAUGAUGAAGAGGGCAAAUAUGAUGAGGAGGGCAAAUAUGAUGAGGAAGGCAAAUAUGAUGAGGAGGGAAAAUAUGAUGAGGAAGGCAAAUAUGAUGAGGAGGGCAAAUAUGAUGAGGAGGGCAAAUAUGAUGAGGAGGGCAAAUAUGAUGAGGAGGGCAAAUAUGAUGAGGAAGAAAAAUAUUAUGAGGAAGAAAAAUAUUAUGAGGAAGAAAAAUAUUAUGAGGAAGAAAAAUAUUAUGAGGAAGAAAAAUAUUAUGAGGAAGAAAAAUAUGAUGAGGAAGAAAAAUAUUAUGAGGAAGGAAAAUAUGAUGGUGAAGGCAAAUAUUACGAAGAAGAAAAGUACGAUGAGGAAGCUCAUUAUGAUAAGAAAUUUCAUUAUGAUAAAAAUGGUCGUUAUAAUGAUGAUACUGAAUACAAGGAAUGUGAACCAAGAGAGAGCAAUACUCUUUCUUCUUACAAUAAUAAAGAGCUCAUAAAACAUACGAAAGAAAGUAAAAAGAUGAUAGAAAAGAAAAAAGAAGACAAUUUGAAAUUAAAAGAAACGUUAAAUGAGAAUUUAAUAAAAAAACAAGAAAUGAUUAAAGAGAUAACAUUAAAAAUUAUAAGAAGGUGUCGUAUAUAUUCACUUAAACAAUUACAUACUGAAAAGAAGAAUAUAAAUAAUAUAAUAAAAUUAUAUGAAUCUGUACGUAAUAAUUUAUUUAAAUUUAUUAAUAAAAUAAAUAAUUUAAAUAACGUAAGUAUAAAAUUGGAUGAUGCAUUAUUAAAAUAUGAAGUUACACAACUAAAUUAUAGUAAAACAAAAAAGGCUAUAGAAGCUCUUCAGAAAUAUAAUUUAAAAAUUGAGAAUAAAAUAAAAGAGAAAAAAAUAUUAUUAGAAAAACAAACUGCGGUAUUAGAUAAAAAGCAAAUGAAAAUUGAAUUAUUAACGAAAGAGUUGAACAAAUUAAAAAAUAUGUAUGAUAAUGGUUCCACAAGGAAACAAGAAAUUAAUUUAAUCAGAGUAUAUAAAGAGAAGGUAGAAGAGUUUAAGAAAAUGGAAAUAAUUAAAGGAUUUUUAAUAAAAAAUAUUAAUAAAUAUGGAAUCAAUUUUGAGCUCUUAAAUUUUAAUUAUUAUAAUUUUGCAACAUUGUAUGAUUAUAAUAAUAUCGAUGGAGCCUUUUUCAAAAAUGGGGAUUACCUUAUGUAUAACAAUGGGUUAUCUGAUCAUCAAGGAGAAAAGUUAAUCAAACAAAUGGACGGUAAUAAUAAUAAUAUGUAUAGCAGUAUGUAUAGCAGUAUGUAUAGCAGUAUGCAUAGUAAUAUGCAUAGUGGUAUACAUAAUAAUAUACAUAAUAAUAUACAUCACAAUAUACAUAAUAAUAUACAUCACAAUAUACAUAAUAAUAUACAUAACAAUAUGCAUAGCAAUAUGCAUAACAAUAUGCAUAACAAUAUGCAUAACAAUAUGCAUAACAAUAUACAUAGUAAUAAUUUUAUAAAUUGUAAUAAUGCUUUAUUAAUAAACGAAUAUAAUAAUUUUUCUAAAUCAGGUAUGCUACUAAACAAUUCAAAUAACAACCACAACAACAAUAAUAAUAAUAAUAAUAAUAAUAAUGGUGUUAGUAAUAUUUACAAUCAUGAUGAAAACGUUGAACGAGGAAAAAAAGGGACGACACUCAUAAAAAAGGAUAUUCUUACGAACAUUGAAGGAAAUGAUAAUGAAGAAACUUACGAUACAACAUUUGAUAUUAAUGAAUUAUAUAAAAAAGAAUAUAAAUUAAAACGUUUACAUAAAAAGAUAAAUAGAAAAACUUUUUUUAAAAAUGAAAUAUUUGAAGAAGAUUUAAAUUGUGAAUGGCCUUAUAAUAUAACAGUAGAUAUUAUUUUUUCAAAUGUAUAUAAAUCGAAACAAGAAAAUGAUAAUUUUAAUAUAUCAAGUCCAUUAAAAAUUAAGAAUAUGAAACAUUUAAUAGCUAAUAAAAUGCAUAUAUUAAAUAAUGAUUGUAAUAUGGAUAGUAAUAAUAAUAAUAAUCAUAAUAAUAACAUGAACAAUAAUCAUAAUAUUAAUAUAAUUAAUAAGAAUAAAAAUCAUAAUCUUAGUAAUAAUAAAACAUAUUUAAAUUUAUUUAGACCAUAUAAAAUUGAAGUUGAUUCCUUUACAAGUUUUAAAGAUAUUACUAUAAAUACAUAUUAUAAAUAUAUAAAUAAUGAUAAUAUGUAUUAUCAUAUAUGGAAUAAAAAUUAUGAUAAAGACAAAUAUAAUAUUCAAAUUAAUAAUGUACAUAUAGAUAAUAAAUACAAAAAAAGAAAGACAAAUACAAAUUUAUUAAUUAAUAAUAUAGAAAAUUAUUCUUAUUAUGGUAAUGAUGAUUCAUAUAUAGGAGUAGAAUGGAAAUUACAAUUAGAAAUUAUAAAAUAUAAAAUGAUAGAAAUAAUAAAUAAAAAAUUACAAAAAUAUACUAAUAAAGAUAUAAAAUUGGUAAACAAUAAUAAUAAUAAUAAUAAUAAUAAUAAUAAUAAUAACAACAAUAAUAAUAAUAACAAUAAUAAUAAUAACAAUAAUAAUAACAAUAAUAAUAAUAAUGUAACAACAAAACCAAAUAAAGAAGCAUUAAAAUAUUUAGUAGAAGAAAUUGAAUAUUCUUUUCUUAUAUUAAAUAAUAUUUUAUUUCAGUAUAAAUAUUUAUUAAAACAUUUUCUGCAUUUAUCAAACACUUUUUUUGAUUAUUAUCAAAAUAUUAUAGUAUUCAAAACAGUAGUCUUACCUAACCAUGUAUCUUCUCAUUCCUUCUGGUUGUACUUAUAUAUAAAUUUAGAAGAGGCCUUCACCUUUUCUUCGCUCCUACAUGGUAUCGUUGAAAUAAAAAUUGAAAGUGUUGAUGAGGAAGAUAAGUAUAGUGAAGAAUGUAAGGAGAUUAACAAUAAUAUAAUGAAGAGUCUGCAGCAGUGUAUUUUUUCAAUAAAAUCAAAACCAUUGGAUAUUACAGAAAGAAUUAAUUCAUUCAAUUUGGUUGAAAUAAUUUAUGCCGUCUUUAUUAAUGAGAAUUAUAAUUUCCAUAGUUAUAAAAAUAGCAUGGAGGAAAAUAUAAAAAAUCUGAAAACAUGUGAGGCUUUUAUAAAUCAAAUAAUAGAUAAGAAAAUUAUCGUACCUAUUGAAAUAAAAAAGAGUACCAACAAAUUUAUAGAUUAA